AUGGCUGCCCCCGCAGAGAUGACCGCCCGCGACCUCAGCGGCAACUACACCCUGAACAAGUCGCUGAGCCGGAACAACGACGAGAUCCUGCGGGCGCAAGGCGUCAGCUGGAUGCUGCGCAAGACGAUCGCGAUGGGGAACCCGCACCUCCGCAUCGCGCACGCCUUCGACGGGCCCGGCGGGGUCGAGACGAUGGACAACGAGCUCAGCGCGGCGAACCAGCGGCGGAGGGAGCGGCGGACGUUCAACGGCGCGGAGCGGUCCGCGACCGGCACGCUCCUCGGGAGCAUCACCGUCGGGAACUGGCGGCGGGACGCGGAGGAGAUGGAGGAGCUGGAGAUGUGCGGGUGCUUGACGGAGGGGUGGCUGCCGGAGACGUGGGUGGACGGGAAGAUCAUCUACAUCCGCACGACCGGCGAGGCGGGGUGGGUGAUCCACCAGACAUGGGGGUUGCGGGUGGUUGAUGGGGCCAAGAGGUAUGUGCGGAGGAUCCACCUUGCUGGUGCAAAGGGUGAGGUGGUAGAGGCAAGACUCGUGUACGAUUACGACGGGCCAUUAUGA